AUGAAAACUACAUCUUUUCUCCUCUUUGGAGCUCUUCUCCUCACGUCUGGCGCCUUAGCUAGCAUCUCAUAUACAGCCAAGAUGGCCCAUCGCGGUGCCGAAGUCCCAGCCGUGUUCUCUUCUUUGCCCCGCCGACACCAUAGGCCAAAGCAACCUCGUCAUGGCAAAAGACAACAUCCCAUCAAUAACACUCUUAACUGGGCAGGUGCCAUUCAAGAAGCACCAACGUCUGGGCUCUUCUAUACUGUCUCAGCCAGCUGGCAAGUGCCUUCAAUUUCGACACCGGUUGGCCAGACUCUUGGUACAGAUGCAUAUUGGUUGUAUGAAUGGGUAGGUAUUGAUAGUUUGUGUGGUGCUAUUCUACAAGCUGGGACAGGAGCGUACCUCAACACGCAGUCGGGGCAGGUCCCUUUAGUUUGGUGGGAAUGGUUUCCCGAGGGUCCACAAGUAGUGAACAUACCAAUCAAUCUUGGUGACACCUUCUUCACCAAUCUCACGGCUACUUCCACCACAACAGCAAUUUACUUUAUCGAGAAUGUAACCCAAGGGUGCGCCGUCACAAUAACCAUUUCCGGCGGUCCUACCCUCUGCCAGACAAAUGCAGAAUGGGUCGUGGAAAACCCGGGCGUGUUAGACACCCCCGUCUUCACAGAUGUAAUAUUCACCAAUUGUCUUGCUACGACCACUACUGGGGCUCAGCAGGGAAUUGAUGGCACUACAUUGAUCUACAUGGACUCAAAAGAUGGUGAGGUUUCCAAGGGAUCGGAGAUCAAUGAUUCGCAGCUUCGUGUGUUUUAUUAG